CACACAGAGAAGCCAUGAAGAUCUUCAUCUUCUUUGCUUUCCUGGGAGCUGCUGUUGCUUUCCCUGCUGGUGGUGAUGAUCAUGACAAGAUCAUUGGAGGCUAUGCCUGUCCAAAACAUUCCAUUCCUUACCAAGUGUCUUUGAAUGAUGGCGAUGGCCAUCAGUGUGGUGGCUCCCUCAUCAGUGACCAAUGGGUACUGUCUGCAGCUCACUGCUAUAAGGGAUGCCUUCAGGUUCGCCUCGGAGAACACAAUAUUCAUGUGCUUGAGGGUGGUGAGCAAUUCAUUGAUCCAGAAAAGAUAAUCCGCCAUCCAAAGUACAACAAGACCACUGCAGACAAUGACAUCCUGCUGAUUAAACUGAAGUCACCUGCCACCCUCAACUCUCAAGUGUCCACAAUCUCUCUGCCUACAUCCUGCCCAUCUACAGGUGCUCAGUGCCUUGUGUCUGGCUGGGGAAACACUGUGAACCUUGGAGGCAAAUACCCAGAAAUCCUUCAGUGUCUGGAAGCCCCUGUUCUUUCUGCCAGUUCGUGCAGAAAUUCCUACCCAGGCAUGAUCACCAACAACAUGUUCUGCCUCGGCUUCCUGGAGGGUGGAAAGGACUCUUGUGAUGUGAGUGUUCUUUCAGUCCUUCUCCAAAACUUGCAGUCACUCUAUUCUCUUCUGUAUGUUUUUGCUGGCUGAGAAGCCUAUACAUAUGUCUGGAAGAUUUCAUGCUGGAUUACAAA